GCUGCAAAAUCGCUUAUUGUUCGAUUCAAAUUCCCUGACGAUCGAUCGAACGAAAAGAAAAAAAAACACGAUUAUACCUUCAAACAAGUGGAAUGAGCAUAGGAUAAAGAUACAUGUAAGAGAAUGUGCUGUCGAGCAUAAGUGACCGAAAAAAAAUUCCCUUACCCUCCAUAAAUAAUGUGAUCUUUCAGUCCUCUCCAUUCGAACACUCACAAAAAAAAAAAUCGACGAGAGACAAAGCCUUCGUUUUUAGGACAACCCUGUUUUUUUUUCGAUUAUUUUUAUUUUUAUCUUUAACGCAAAGAUAUGGUGAAAUUCUCGAAGCAGUUCGAGGGUCAAUUAGUUCCGGAAUGGAAAGAAGCCUUUGUGGAUUAUUGCCAGCUGAAAAAGGACAUCAAGAAAAUCCAUUUCCUCAACAAUCCAACCACUAAUACCGAUAAAAACAAGACUUCCUUCGCGAAAAGCCUCGUUUCUUCGUUGAGGAAAUACGUUUUUCUUGAUCAUAAGCAGAGAGAACCGAGGGUCAUUCAAGUUCAUCGUAAGCUCGCCACGUCAGCAAGUACGGGUGACUUGUACGAGACUGAGCUGCUCGAGCAGUUUGCUGACACUGAUGCAGCAGUUGAGUUCUUUGCAUGCUUGGAUCUUCAGCUAAACAAAGUGAACCAAUUUUACAGAAAUAAAGAGAAGGAGUUUCUCGAUAGGGGAGAAUCUUUGAAGAAGCAAAUGGAUAUUCUCGUCGAGCUCAAAACCUCGUUGAAUCAAAAACGUGCAAAAGGGACUCCUUCUAAUGACUCGAAAGAGGAGGACUCGAUUUCAGGCACCAUAUCUUGCGACGAAGAGUCGAUUAAGGAUGCUAUAGAUGCAGAGGAGGGGGUGGAGGGUUUAAGUGGAGAACUUGACAAAGAUGAUGUGAAAUUACCGAAAUCUCCUCGGUCGUUGAGGAUCAAGAAGGAUGAUGUGGUUAACCGCCAAGGGAGAAACUUGAGAAUUCACAUUCCUCUAACGAAUCCGACACGUGCUUUUUCCGCUAUCACUUAUUUGCUAAGGGAUGAUUUGAAGAGUAAUCAAGCCUCUUCGAAGAAAUGUGGGCCCGAGGCGAAUAAAUUGCUUAUCAAUAAGAAGAAGCUUCAUCAUGCAGAGAAAAUGAUUCGGGGUGCUUUUGUUGAGCUUUAUAAAGGAUUAGGGUACCUCAAAACUUAUCGGAACCUGAACAUGCUUGCUUUUGUGAAGAUUUUGAAGAAAUUCGACAAAGUGACUGGUAAACAAGUUUCUCCAAUUUACUUAAGAGUGGUUGAGAGCUCAUUCUUCAACAGUUCAGACAAGGCUUUGAAGCUAGCAGAUGAAGUUGAGGAAAUCUUUGUCAAGCAUUUCGCCGAAGACAAUAAACGGAAGGCGAUGAAGUACCUUAAACCGACUCAUCGAAAAGAAUCGCACGCCGUUACAUUUUUCAUUGGAUUAUUCGCUGGGUGCUUCAUUGCACUUUUCGUCGGAUACGUAAUCAUGGCUCAUAUUACGGGAAUGUAUCGAUCUAGUUCCGAUACAGUGUACAUGGAAACGGUAUACCCGUUCCUAAGCAUGUUCAGCCUAUUAUUUCUACAUUUCUUCCUCUACGGAUGCAACAUUUACAUGUGGCGAAAAACACGAAUAAAUUACAGCUUCAUCUUCGAAUUAUCACCGACAAAAGAACUCAAAUACCGAGACGUGUUCUUGAUUUGCACCAUUUCAAUGACUGCUCUAGUCGGUGUAUUAUUUCUUCAUUUAUCUCUCGUUGCAAAAGGGUACUCGUAUUCUCAAGUUCAAGCCAUUCCGGGCUUUCUUCUAUUGGUGUUUAUUAUAGUUCUCAUUUGCCCCUUCAACAUCAUCUACAAGUCGAGCCGCUACCAUUUCCUUUCCGUAAUGAGAAACAUCGUUCUAUCGCCUUUGUACAAGGUUGUUAUGCUCGAUUUCUUCAUGGCUGAUCAGCUCUGUAGCCAGAUUCCAACUUUGAGAAACUUGGAAUACAUCGCGUGCUACUACAUAACCGGGAGCUACAAAACGCAAGAUUUCAAUUAUUGCAGUCGAAACACAUACUAUAGGGAUUUGGCUUAUGCAGUUUCAUUUCUACCUUAUUAUUGGAGAGCCAUGCAGUGUGCGCGAAGAUGGUUCGACGAAGGGCAGAAAAUCCACCUAGUGAACCUAGGAAAAUACGUCUCCGCCAUGCUGGCAGCAGGGGCAAAAGUGGCAUACGAGAGGGAAAAGAACGUCGGGUGGCUUUGCUUAGUCGUGAUCAUGUCGACUUCCGCAACCGUUUAUCAGCUCUACUGGGAUUUCGUUAAGGACUGGGGUUUGCUUCAGUUCAAUUCCAAGAAUCCGUGGCUACGAGACGAACUAGUGCUCCGGAAAAAGUUCAUAUACUAUUUCUCAUUGGUACAAAAAAAAAAUAUCCCUCCGAAAAAAAUUAAAUCUUUUUUUAUAUACUUAUAUUCGUAA